AUGAGUCAACUAAGAGAUAGCCAGGAUUCUUAUCAAUACUGCGAGAGACCGCAUGAUGUAUUGGCCCUGCGCCGGCAUAUUAUUACCAACAGUGAAGACCGAUUCUUCCAUCACAGCACCUUCAGUGAAGCCAAUCGUACGACCUGGUUGACGACCCUCUCCUUCUACCAAGUCCACCGAUCCCGUCCUAGGAAGGACAGCGUUCCACCCGCAGAAACCGGUGUCUUCACAAGCGGUUUCCCAACACACGAUGGCGACGACAAAUAUAUCCGUCAGGAUAAACUUACUUUCUCUUUCACAUCUAUAUCUGGGGAUUGGGAAAACGUCCACCUGAGUCCGCGGGAGAGGAAUUUCUGGCAGCUGAUUGCUAUCAACCCUCCACGGACACAUUGUUUACAGAAUGAUAUUGCUGGGAUAAGCACGCAGAUUGGGCCGCUUUCGUUAAGGUCUUGGGUUGAGAGUUGUCUUGAUGGGAUAAGGGAGAAAUGGAGUGAGGUUUUAAAUGAGCUCGAUAGGCAGAUUAGUGUCACGAACUCGGUCCUAUUUGAAGAAGAGGAAAGGAUAAAAUUCUUAUUUGAUGAUGAGAACUUCAAUAACUCGAAACGUUACUUCUGGGCGCUGCAAUCCCUGAGGGUAUUUUCGGAGACUAUGGAGGAAACAAUUCAAUUACUCCCGUCUAUGUUUGAAAAGUUCUACAUCCUGGGCGUCAACACGCAGAGGCGGGAGAGUGGUUCUGAUAUACAGGCGGUGCUGACUAUGGAGGAACUAAAUCGUGAGAUGUGUGAUAUUGCAGCAAAGCAUGCGGCUAAAUUUCAAAAGAUCCGCAAUCGUAUCGGGAGAAAGCGGCAGGAAGUCAAGGGGCUUAGUGACGGGCUGAGUGAGACCCCAUCUCGGAGGAGGUAGAGCGGCGACAUUAGGUUUUGUGUGUGGUGGUUUUGUGUGAGUCUUAGUACUAACUACGCUAUGUAAUGGCUCCGACAGCUAUUCUCCGCAUCCUCAGUAGCAGAAGCCCGCCUCGCCGCUAUCCAAAACAACAACAUCCGCCUCUUAACGCUCUUCUCCGUAACCUUCCUUCCUAUGACCUUCAUGACC